AUUCGACUGCUCUACAAGUAUUUCCCUCCUCCAUCUCCCCUCUCACUUUUGCUCUGUUUCCUCCCUUCUUUUCCCGAAUCCCGGCCCACCGUGAAUUACCUUCUCCUCCUUCCCGCUUACUCUCUCUGGUUUCCGUCGAUCUUAUACUUCCUUCUUCCAAUUCACCUCUCUGUCCAUGGCGCCGAAAAAGGACUGUGGCAAUCACGGCUCCUACUACCGCCACAAGCUCUACCGCAGGAUCUUCGCCUGCCUCCUAACUCUAAUCAUCAUCAUCCUCUUCAUCAUCCUCGUAAUCUGGCUUGUUCUCCGCCCCACGAAACCUAAAUUCCUCCUACAAGACACCGAAGUCUACCAAUUCAAUCUCACCUCCGGCACCAACCUCCUCUCCUCCAAUUUCCAGGUCACCAUCUACUCCCGAAACCCCAACGAUCGAAUCGGAAUCUACUACGACCGUCUCGAUGUCUUCGCCGAGUACAAAAACGAGCAGAUCACCGUCGCCACCGGCCUUCCCACCGGCUACCAGGGCCACAACGACGUCAACAUCUGGUCUCCGUUCCUCUCCAGUAUCGCCGUACCCAUCUCUCCUUACCUUGUUGACGCCAUAGGACAGGAUGAGAACGCCGGCUUCGUUCUUAUUUACAUCAAGAUCGUCGGCCGUCUCCGGUGGAAGGUCGGCAGCUGGAUCUCCGAUCACUACCAUAUCGAUGUUAGCUGCCCCGCCUUCUUCACCGUCGCUAAUAGUAAGGACAACGGCGGCUUAACGGCGUUCCGGUUCCAGCGGAUGACCUCCUGCACCGUCGACGUCUGAGCUAACGGUGGUAUGAACGCUGGUGGGAAAAGCAGCUAUAAGCCUAUAACAUUGCCGAAGACAUGGAAUAAGGUUGAAAUGGUAAAUUUUCACAUUUAUAAUUCUACCCUUUUAUUUUCCUAUAUUUUAAAUUUUGGUCUAAAUUGUGCUAUUUCAGUUCUGUCAAUGGAACUUUGUAUUUAAUUGCUGUUUAAUUAUUUAUGUGCUCAUUUGAAGUUAAUGGGCUUUUUAAUUUCAUCUAAAUUUCGUUAUAAGAUGAUGCAAAUGUAAAAAGUGCUGUCUCUUCUUACAACAUUUUAGAGCAAUUGUGCAAAAUUAAAUUUAUAUAAUAAACCACAUUUAGUGCUUAA